AUGCGAGCCAGAUCUUAUGGCCAAGCAAAGAGCUUUACAGAAGAAACCAAGAAGAUACCCAAGCCACAGACUUAUUAGCCCCCUCCUUGUGUUUUUUGCUGUCGUUUCUCUUUCAUUGCAUGAGAGGCAGGGCUAUGAUUGAGUGAACCAGACAAAGGGUUUCCCUCACCUGUCCCCAAACCUAUCUACUUCAGCUUCCUUGUUCUUUUUUCUUUUUUACACUUUACAGUUUUUUUAAAUUUUUUACUAGACUCGUGAAAGUUAAAAAAAAAAAGUAAGGGUAAUGCUGCUUUUGUUUGCUUGGGUGGUCUAGUGAAAUGAGUGAUCUUUAUUUUCCCCAGAAAGUGAGGGAAAGUGUGAAAAACUAAGAGGGGAAAAAAACCCAGCUGAUUUUGGCUUCCACUCCUUUUCCAUUCUCUUCCUUCUCUGCUUUGUUGUACUUUUGCUAGAGCUGUAGCAUUUUGAAUAGGAAAUGAGGAAACAUGGAUGGGAGCUUCCCUAUCAUCCACUCCAGGUGGUGGCCGUUUCUGUGUUCUUGGCACUUGGAUUUGCUUUCUACGUGUUCUUUGCUCCUUUUGUUGGGAAGGAGAUGUUUCAAUACAUUGUGAUGGGAAUCUAUACUCCUCUUAUUACGUGUUGCUUUGGCCUAUAUAUUUGGUGUGCGGCAGCUGAUCCUGCGGAUCCUGGAGUUUUCAAGUCGAAAAAGUAUCUCAAAAUUCCUGAAAAUAGGAAGUGUUCCGGCCCAAAGGAUUCUAAAUUUGUUGGGGAUUCAACUACGUCCUUGCAUGAAGACACCACUACUUCAGCUGCAGGAAAAACUCUGGAAAAGGAUGCUGCAACUGCGAAUGAAACCUUAGAAGACACACAUGUUGAAAUCGAGAGAAACAAGGCUUUGUCGAAACAAUCAUCUCGUUUCCUGGGGAUUUUCUUUCCUUGUGCUUUUAUCUGCAAAUGUUGUAGCUCGAACGGAGGAUCUUCUGAACAGCAGAUGAACGAAGAUGGGAUGUUCUAUUGCAGUUUGUGUGAAGUCGAGGUUUUCAAAUAUAGCAAGCACUGCAGAGUCUGCGACAAAUGUGUCAACCGUUUCGAUCAUCAUUGCAGGUGGCUCAACAAUUGCAUCGGACAAAGGAACUACCGACAAUUUUUCACUCUCAUGGCUUCUGCUCUUCUAUUGCUUAUUCUACAGUGGUCAACCGGAAUACUUGUACUUGUAUGCUGUUUCAUCGAUCAGAAGCAGUUUUCUGCGGAUAUUUCAACAAAGUUAGGAAGCAGUUUCUCUUUGGUUCCAUUCGUUAUCGUGGUUGCAUUGUGCACUGUUUUGGCUAUGGUUGCUACGUUACCUAUUGCACAGCUUUUCUUCUUUCACAUUCUACUCGUGAAGAAGGGAAUCAGCACAUACGAUUAUAUAAUAGCUUUACGAGAGCAGGAGCAAGAGCAACAAGGUGUUGGUGGUCACCAGAGUCAGCAAAUGUCCCCAGCUAGCUCGCUUACUGGAUUAAGUAGUGCUAGUUCCUUUUCUACUUUUCAUAGGGGUGCAUGGUGUACACCUCCACGGCUUUUCCUCGAAGAUCAGUUUGAUGUUGUUCCUCCCGAUACUGGAUCCGUGAGUUCAUAUGGGAAAAAGAUGGUAGGGGAGGAACCUAUUAAGAAGAAGAACCCGGGAGCUGUUAAGAUCAGUCCAUGGACAUUGGCACGGUUAAAUGCAGAAGAUGUUUCGAAAGCUGCGGCUGAAGCAAGGAAAAAGUCCAAAAUCCUGCAGCCCGUAGUGAGACAUGAAGCCCCUUCGGGGCUAGAAGCGGGAAGCAGCUUUGGAAGCAGUGGUCGACAAGUGUUCUCGAGAGCUGAUAGCAGAAGGCGAGCAUCCAAGCGGGUUCGUCUCCCAGCAGACCUACCCUUGGAGUCCUUAACGAGCAUUUCCUCUAAAGCUACCGAUAAAGGUUUCAACGACACAUUGUGUAGUUUGGCACCUCUUCAACUGGAAGCACGAAGCGCUUUCCAAACCAGCCGAGCAAUGUCAAGCUAUCCUGGGAUCGUUGCCUCUUCUCCCGAGAGCAGUCUAGACUCGCCAGAUAUUCAUCCAUUUCGGGUCUCCUCAUCGGGAGCUGAAGAAUCAAGACGACUAACAGGUUUACCUGCCGUCAAUAUGGCUGCUCCCAAGGGAUUUCAUUUGUCGAGGUCUACUAGUGAUGGGUAUGAAGCAUCGGGCGGGGAAGAUAGUGAUCAAGUUCCUUCGAGAAUUAUACAGAGAUCAACAAACUGGAGCAAUGUUCUUUUCGAUCCUGAACAGGAUGAGAGUAUUGUUAAACUAAAAGCACCAUCAUCAUCCAGCCAAGCUAAUAUUAGAAUUCUGUGACCAAUUGUGAUCAAUGAAGCCGGUUGAUUUCGGUUAUGAAAGUUCAUUCUUUGAUUUAUGACUGUAAAGGGCAACACUGAUUUCCAUCAGAGGCAAGACUAGCUACCGACACAUCGAAGAGUUAGUCGUUCGGUACUUG